AUGGACCGUCUUAAGCGUCUUGAAGAACAGGUCGGUCUGGGAAAUGCUCCAGAGACUGAAGAUAAUGGUGACGAUUCCAUGUCAAUUUCUUCUGUCGGUUCAGAGGCCGCUCGGGCAAUAUCCAUAGACAAAGACCCGGCUCAAGUCGUUCCAUCCGUGAUUCGAGAUAUUGUCAGCCGGAUCAAGGAUGAAGGCAGUCGAUCUAUGCUUCUCUCCAACGUCUUUUGUCACCUCCGACAAGUUGACUCAUGCUAUUUCGAAAACAAUCGAUGUAUUAAAGCAAUGACCUCUGCUAUAUCGGAGAUCGAAUCUACACAAAACCACUACGGCUCUUACCAAUUUCCAGGCUUCGAAUUUCCUCUCGAGAAAUCUUUCUUAUCUUCAAUCCCCGACUUAAUCGAAAUCCCUCACGUCCAACUAGAUUGUAAAUCUCAGAUCAUCUACUACUCUGUUCUCCUUCGGGGCAUUCUUCUGGAGCCCGAACCCCAUCCCAGAAGGGGCAGCAUUAUGCGAAAUUUAUAUCUAAAGUGCGUUGCAUUAAGUGACGAGUGGAUGAAGAAUAUCCAAGAUAGCCCUGUCGACUUCUUGGCCGCAUCCCUCAUGGCAAGCGCAUCACAUAUAACGUCAACAGCCCUCGAAGGCUAUAACACAGAUCUAGCGUGGAAGGCGUUCACCCACACAUGCAGGAUAUCGAAGACCCUAGGCUAUUUCUCCGUCGACGAAACACCAAGUGAAGGGGACAAUCAACUCUCCACACCAGCUGGCACACCACUGCACGAAGCUGAAGUCGAGCGGAAUCGCAAACGCUUCGUCUUCUGGCACAUCCUUCGAACAGACUGUCUUUUCCGAAAGUCAUUCGGCAAGCCAACUCUCAUCCCCACAGGAUCGUGGAAAGUCCAUUUGCCCGAUCCAACAAUCAAUGGCGUGGACGAUGAAUCCUCGCGCUUUAUACAAAUUCAUUUCUUGAUUUCAAUGCGCCUUGGUCUUAUUGUUAGGAAAUAUCUCGAUUGGAUUGAUAGUGGUCCGGAUCUGGACCCGAUUCCGCAUGAUUCUAUUCUUCAUACUUAUAUCGAUGAGGUGCAGUCUAUAUUGUCGGAUUGGGAUACGGCGGGCCUUCUUCGAACAAUAUCAAAUCAUAUCGAUUCCUGGCUCUGCAUCGACGUGCUGGUCGGUAGCUAUGAGAUACUUAUUGUGCUGCAUCUGUCGAAGAAAUGUCACCAUGGUCAUCUCUUACCACAUCCAGCCGUUAAUCUGGCUAGGAAGUCACUGAAGAUCUUCCAAUCGCUUCUGGGGUCCACAUCGCAUGCGUUCUGGGGAAUCAGUCCUAUCACGAUGUACCAAUUCCUCCCCUUUUUUAUCCUUUGCUUAGACAUCAUAGAGAAUCCAGACCAUGAAAACCUCGAUGAGGAUCUCGUGUCUGUGACUUGGGUAUGCGAUUAUGUCGAAAUGGCCGCCGAGGGACGGGUUGAGCUGAAGCCGGUCAUUAUUCUCAUUAAAGCAAUGGUCACUACGUGUCAACAGACAAAAGUGGAUCGUCUUGUACAGUCAGGUAGUACUGGUGAAUAG